AGCCCAUCAAAGAGGAUCCAUCCGUUGGGAAAACGUUCGUUCCGUUCUUUCGGUUGAUGACGUUGGGGUACAAAGUUACGCGCCUACUGUGCAACCGUCAUCAGUCUGCAACGGUGCCUCGAACGCGACGGUUGUAUACAUUCGGGAGCUGCUCUCCACCGCCACCUAUUGGCAAUUAUACACACAGAGUCUCUGACUGGGGGAAAAGCUUCUUUCCAUUCAAGGAUUACCAACCGCAGCAGGUGUUUGGGAUUUGGCCGUGUGGUGUGAAUGCAACUGCUAGGUGCAAGGUGACACGCGGUGAACUAAUUUUGACGGAGUUUUUCUUGCGAGAAAACUGUGACACGUCGUCUCGUCUUGGCGCGAUAUGGGUUGAUGUGUGCUCUCUCUCACGGUAAACGGCACCAAUUCGAACGAUAGCGUGCGGUGUGGUGGCGCAAAUAGAUCGCGGGAUGGCCUUUAAAAUGGGCGUAAAACACAACACGCGAUUAUUUCAGGUGAGGUGUGCUUAAUUACGCCCCGUCCCAGAGAAAGUCUGAGACAGCGGGAGGAGGUGAAAAACAGCAACAGUUUAGCAGCUUAAAUUACACUACUUUAAUGAGGUGGAGGUGCAAUAACGGUCUGGGAUCUGGGGAGAAUAGCACCUGUAGUUAACCUGACACGGUGAAAGGUGAGCAGCCCUCGUCUUCUCGGUUGCAAACAAGUAGUAGGUAGGUACUCUGAAGGUUGCAGCCUGCCCAGGGCUAGGAAUUGGGAAGACUAAUGAAUUUUUAUCGUGUACCUCGGUCAGAGAUCCUAAUGAAAAUUUAUCGGCUGCUCUGAGGGUAAGACAAUGAAGAGAAAUAAUGCGAAGGUGUGUAAGGUCCAAUAACCGAGUGGUUAAGUGUUUAAUAAAGGUUUUCGGCAACGUUACGACGAAGGUUUCUGUCGGCUAGCCUACUACGACGAAGGACUGAUACGUGUACUAUACAGAGUGUACGAUAACGGAAGUCGAGGCGUCGAGUGUCGAUGCAAGAAGAGUCCCUCGGACGCGGUGAAUCAAUCUUUGUGGAUUUUACUCUUGAGUGCAGGAAACUGGUGGACGGAGAUCGGAAGAGGUAGUUACGAGUGGAAAAAAGGAUUGAAUUACCGAGAUAAGGCGUGUUCGGAAGAGGCGUGCAAUUUGGUGGCAAUUUUUUGUGUGUAGGGAUGGUAAUGACCGGUUCUGGGUGAAAGCAAAAAGGGAUUUUAUGACGUUUGCCUGUUGUAGCAGUAUCCGGACGGAGAAAGAAUCCAUGGAGGACCAAUAUCUGGAUUGAGUCCGGCCACCAAGCGAGCAGUAGCAAGCGACUUCACUAAUUAAAUUUGAACCCAUCGCCGCCUACUUUGGGGGGCGUCCUACGACUACUGGGCGACGGCGCGAAAUGAGUCAAAACCGACCUCCGACACUGUCAUCGACAUACAGAAAGCAAAAUAUACGAACCGGAAGUACUAGCGCCAUCGCCGCACCCGUCCCCGAUCGCAGCAAUCGGGAAAGUUGCUGCUGUCAUAGCAACGGACACUGUCAUUUGUCUUCAUCAACCUGGCUAAGCGCUGACCUGGCACGAUGCUCACGACUUCUCAUCAUCACCGUCGCCACCAGCAUUCGCCCAGUGAUGAUGCUGACUAAGAAGAUAAUGAUGACGAUGCUGAUGCAGCCACUGGACAUGGGAGUGUGUAAAUAGUUUUCGUCCCUUUUCGGCCCUGACUUCAGACGAAGAAAGCAAACAAUGUGAUACUGACUACAAGUCAAACAAGCACUCAAAAUACACGAAUGGUUAAACCAAUGAUUUAGGCCUUUGCAUCCCUAGCCCCGUCUGUAGCUGUCGAAUAAACGGAAAAGAUAUCCAAAACCAGCACAGCUUCUUGCUCACAACACACAGGUCGUGACCGAACCCAAAACCAGCUGAUCAAAGCACGCUAAGCAAUCGUAACCAAAGCAACUGAACGAAUCGAAGCAACCCAGCACACGAAACAGACUCAUACACAUCACAUCACCUAGGUUUAAAAGCGCGCUUGAGACAUUCCCUCCGUUUUUCGCCGCCUGCAUCUGCACCCGAGACCAGCCAGCCAGGGGGAGUAUGAUCCAUCUGUAUCCCCUCGAGGAGCAUCCGCAUUUUUGUUCGUUUUACUGGGGUGCCUUCAACGGGAACAGCAGCACCGGCAGUAGCAGCGGUAGCACCAGUUUCAGCGCGGCCACCAGUACCAACUACGAUGGGACGCUUCGCAGUGGGCUCUACGAGGACCCUCGCAUAGAGUACCUUCGGAAGAUUUCCUACGGCAUCGCCCUGCCCAUCAUCUGCGCGCUGGGGAUCGUCGGCAACGUGUUGAAUCUGGUGGUGCUAACCAGGCGCAAUAUGCGCGGAACGGCCUACAUCUACAUGAGGGGAUACUCGGCGGCCGCUCUGCUGGCGAUCAUAUUUGCCAUCCCGUUUGGCAUGCGGAUGCUGAUACACCGGGACUCCGGCCGGUGGCGCAACUUUGCCCAAGCCUUCUACUCCGCCCAUCUGGAGCUGUUCCUCGGCAACGGUUGCCUUGGUGUCGGCGUCAUCAUGCUGCUGGUGCUGACCAUCGAGCGGUACGUCUCGGUGUGCCACCCGGGCCACAUCCGGCGGUUCUGCCCGCCGCGGGUCACCGUCGCGCUGAUACCGGUGCUCACCUUCCUGAUCUACCUGCCAUCGGUGCUCCGCGGCGAGGUCGUCAAAUGUGUCUUACAAUCCGAUGGAACAAUAAUGUAUCAUAAGCGCGAUAAUAUGAAGUUUUUAGAUUCGUUAUUUUAUUCGAUUUACAAGGUGAUAUUGGAGAUUGUCUUCAAGCUGGCCCCGACGGUGCUAAUAGCCGGUUUAAACCUAAGGAUAAUGAUCGUGUAUCGUCGUACCUGUGAUAAACGCCGACGGAUGACGCUGUCCCGGAUCAACACCAAGGACGAGGAUCCGAGGAAAUUUGCCGAGGAGCGGCGGCUCAUGAUGUUGUUAGGUAGCACAUCGCUUCUCUUCCUGCUCUGUGUUUCCCCAAUGGCUCUCCUCCACGUGACGCUGUCACCUGAACAUCUGUCCAGUUAUUCCUUUCAGCUUUUCCGAGCGCUUGCAAACCUACUGGAGCUCAUAAACUACUCUUUGACCUUCUACAUCUACUGUCUGUUCAGCGAAGACUUCCGGAACACCCUGUUCCGGACGAUACGGUGGCCGUGGUUCGAGAAACCACUGUACAAUCGAGGAACCGACUUCCCCCUGAAGCAUCUGCCGCCGGGUUCGAUCCUCAACGGGCACCACCAUCACCAUCGGCACCACCACCACCACCACCACUCGAACGGCAAGCGGCGUCUAGCGAACAGCAGUUCCCCUGGCAACGGCACUCUCCUCCAUCCGAACUCGAUCCACAGCCAGCGGCUGUCACCGAGUGCCACCAUGCAACAGCAGCACCUCCUGACGGCCACGACACCAAACACGACGGCCACGACCACACCGCAGCACCUGCAGGCUACGCAAAUCACCCUGACGACGACGACCACCACUUCCGGUUUCUGCACGGCCAACGGCCGCUCCAGCAGCAUAUGAUAUUACGCCAACGGCGGCGGUGGCAGCAGCACGUGCUGCUCCGUCAGCCGCAGCGACAGCAUCUCCAGCGGAAUCGGCAUCGGAACGCGCGUGUUCGAGACCACCGGAGGCGGCGCCGGUGGAAUGGAAGAGGGCGAUGCGGCCGAUGAACCGCCGCCAGUUGACGUUUGAAAGUCGGUCUAAGUAGGCGCUACUUUGCGUUGCGGCCCAAAAUUCGCCACUUUCAGUAAAACAAAGUAACCCUAAUCGGUUCGACACGUGAAUGACACCAUGUCCAAAAACAAGUGCGCUAUCAAAAUCCCAGAAAAUGCGAUUCGUUAAAAGCAUAGUUAAAUAUGUAUUGAAGGUGAUCUCUCCGCAGCCUAGUUAUCUAUGGAAUCAAAACAAACAAAACAUCUAUUAUAAAUAGCUCAUCGAUGUUGUUGUAAAUAAAUACAGAAGUUCGAAUUUCCCCGGCGAAUCGAAGCGGAAUCGAUCGCCGAAUGAGGGAAAUCCAAGCGAAAACAGUGUCCUACCCCUCGGUAUUGUAGUUAUACGAAGAUAUUUAGAUUUAGACAGCAGAAUUAAGAAAAAAGUGGACUAAUCCAAACAACCCAGAUGUGACAGUAAAUUUUACAUUCUACAUAUAUUUAUAUACACUCAGUAACAACAGACAUUAUUCAAAUACAAUGCUAUGAGCGUGUUUAAAAACAGAGAGAGCGGAGAAGACGAAAAAAAUACACGGAAAAAUCGGUGCCAUUUCUCAAAAUUCCAUUGUUGUUAGAUCCUAUUUAGAGUGCAGUAGAAGAAUAUGACGCCGAAGAAGUCACGAAACGUGAAUUGUUAGGAUGAAGCAUUGUGGAUCUGGAUUUUUAGUUGCGACGAUGGCAGCCACACUCAAGCUCACUUGAGCCCAUUGACAGUUGACUAACACUGAAUCUGCUGAUCAACUGUCAAACUAGUUUGUCAGUUUGACUGUGACCGAGUUUGACUGUGGCUGCUAUCAUCAUCGCUCGUAAGAUGCUGGAUUUGCCGGCAGCCCGAUAUGCUUUCAACCGUAAUGGGUGUACCACAAAAGGCUGGAGAAUCAAAUUCUGAACCAGUUAUUAAAAAGCAUUACAAAGUAUUAAAUUGCUAUACUGAACCUAACUAACAAAAAAAAAAUAGGUUUGAAAAUGAGACCAGAAUGAGUAUUUCAAACCAAAGCUGGAAAUGUAGCAAGACGAAUCACGAGAGGAAGGAUUUGAAUUUUGCGAGAAACUAACCGACCAGUGUCUAGCCCCUCUAUUACCAACAACCAUGUGACCUAUAUGUGGGAGUGGAGGCUUGUAAAUAUAAUGCCCGAUUUUAAGCUGAAUCUAUUCGAAAAACCAAUUACGAUGGUGUACUUCUAACUAGUAGAAUUAACAAACAGUAAAAACAGAUCGGAAUAAAUCUCGCAAAUUCGUC